UCCUUUCUGAUUCAUCGGACAUAUAGGAUGACAUAAUCUAUUUUAAUAUGGACCACUAUUUUAAAUAGAGAAAUUAUCUAAACAACCAGUGGUCGUAUUCUGUACAGUUUUAAUGCACUAUUAAGACCAAGAAUCCAUUGUUCUGCGUACAUAAAUCACAUAUUCCUUUGCGAUAUUUUAAGUGCCAAUCUAACAUAUAAGAUAAAAUGAAGCUCAUCACUUUCAGUCUGCUGUGUGUAGUUUUGUUUUCACCUACUGAAAUCCAAAGUCAAGUGCCUGGUACUGGUUCUGAUCUAUGCAUGGGUUAUAGUGAUUGUACAACAUCAUGUCCUGAAGCAAGUUUAAAAAAUUGUAAGGAUCCACAAAGGUAUAUAAAUGGCGUGUGCAAAAGAAAUACUGGAGGAUGCAUUUGUCAACCAGGUCUAGUAGGAGCAACGUGCAAUAGUUAUUGUGUUCCCGGCAAAUAUGGAAUUGCAUGCAAAAAGCAGUGUAGCAGCUGUGACAACAAAGUUUGUGAUAAAGCUACUGGAUGUCCAGAUGUUCCUACCACUAGACGCAUUGCUUCAUCACCCACAUCAACAGUAAGACGGCUUACAAGUUCUUCUUCUACAACUAAGUUUACACGACAGCCACUAACUACAAAGUUUACUGAACACUCUACAUCAACAAGGCUUACAAAGCAGCCACCAACAAUAAAGUUUACUAAACAACAACCAAUUACUUAUGACAGAGACACGACAAUUAAAACGUCCACUGUAUUGUCAACUAAGAACUUGACACACGAUGUAGAAAUUAACGAAAAUGAUGAGCCCGGAUUUCCAAUGUCAACACAAGUUCUAAUUAUCAUUAUAGUAUCCACUGUAAUUGUUAUCGUGGGUGUUAUAAGCCUGUGUUUGAUUGUUAGAAAAUACAAAUGGAACAAAUCUAUAACCAAGCACUUAGAAAGAGAACAAGACAAUAGUGUAACCCAGUUAUUUUCAGACGGAACCAGAACUAGAAGUGGAAAUGACUAUGAAGGCAUUGAUACAAGAUUUGAAAAUACAGAAAACAUUCAGGUUGACAACACCCAGGAUCAGGUUGUAAAUGGUUAUUUAUACGUUGAUACUAACUUUGAAAAUAACACAUCAACUGCUGAAUCUAACAAUCAACCGAUUACUAUCGAUAAUUACACGGAAAUAAGAGAUGCAGAUCUUAAUCGAACAGUAGAAGGAAACGCUCAAGUUGAACGCUCAUCAGAACAGAUCGUGAGUAGUUAUUCGUACAUUGAUAUCAACCUGGAAAAGGAGCCACAAAAUUCCAAAAGAAAUGAUCAGGUUUUGACUAUUGACAAUUACGUGGAAAUCAGAGAUGAAGAUCUUAAUCAAGCAACGGAAGUCAGUAUGACGCAAUCUUAUAUGUCACCUAAUGACGUCACUGAAAUACCACCAUUCUUCAAACCAGCCAAUGCAUAUACAGUCGUGUCUGAUCUUCGACAGAUCAUAAGUGGUAUAUCAGAUAUUCCAAAAAUAUUGAACAAACAAGAAGAAGUAUACAAUAUUCUUAACCGGACACCAAAACAAGCCAGGCAUUUCGAUACUAACUAUGACCAUGUAACACCAAACGACGAAUUAUACAAUGACUUGGAUUUUACUUUAAAGUGAGAUGCUUUGAUAACUAUGUGAUAUAAUAGUAUUGUUAUUUUAUACUGCCCUUGAAAUAUAAGACAGAAGACACAAUCACAUUUGUCUGGCAUUUAAACUAUAUUGAAACCUUUAAAAAUUAAUCAGAUAAAGUAUGAAACAACCAC